AUUUACCGCCAAUUUCAAAGCCGGACACAGUCAGCCGCGCGCUUCUGCACACACAUCUUUCUGUGUUCCCGCGCUGUGCGUGUUGUAGUGAAGCGUCUGAAGUAAAAUGCCGUGUUGUGAAGCCGCAGGUGCCGUUUCCCCGCAGAAGAGAUGCAGGAGUCACGCGAGCGAAGAAAACACGGUGUUAAAAAUCGCCAAACUAACGGAGAACGCCACGACACCGACUCGAGGAUCGAACCUAGCUGCGGGCUACGACUUGUACAGUGCGUAUGAUUACAGCGUUGGUCCGAUGGAUAAAGUUCUGGUGAAGACGGAUCUCCAGAUCGCGGUUCCACACGGAUAUUACGGCAGAGUCGCUCCUCGCUCAGGUCUGGCUGUGAAGAACUUCAUUGAUGUUGGUGCCGGUGUAGUGGAUGAGGACUACAGGGGGAAUCUGGGAGUUGUGCUGUUUAAUUUUGGCAAAGAGCCUUUUGAAGUAAAGAAAGGCGACCGCAUCGCUCAACUCAUCUGUGAGAGAAUCUGUUACCCGGAGCUGCAGGAGUUAAAGACACUGGAUGAAACUGAGAGAGGUGUGAACGGCUUUGGCUCUACUGGCACAAACUAACCCAUCUGUUACUGAUUUUAAAUAUGUAAAAUAAAAGUUAUGAAAUAAAGACUGUACUACAAUUGUU